AUGAAAACCAUGCUAAAGCCUCUUCUUCCCCUUCUCCAUAUUAUUCUGCUUUCGUUGCUUCCAUUAAGGACCACCUCCACCCCAAGAACACAAGCGGAAGCCCUGGUCAAAUGGAAGAACAGGCUGACUUCCUCACCAUCUUCUCUGAAUUCGUGGUCUCUCAGCAACGUCAACAAUCUCUGCAACUGGACUUCCAUUGUCUGCGACAACUCCACGGGAGAAGUCUCCGAAAUAAACCUCUCCGGCUCGGAGCUGACGGGAACACUAGACCAGUUUAACUUCACACCGUUUGUUAACAUCACUGUUUUCAACCUCAACAAGAACAAUCUCGUCGGGACAAUUCCGCCGGCCAUUGGUAACUUGUCAAGGCUCACUUUGUUGGACCUGAGUAACAACGAUAUUGAGGGAGAAAUACCUGUGGAGAUUAGCCAAUUAACAGAGCUUCAGUUGCUGAAUCUUCACGACAACUAUCUCAACCACAUCAUCCCUUAUCAACUGGGCAAUCUGCAAAAGGUAUGGUACUUGGACCUUGGCGCAAACUACUUGGAAAAUUCUGACUGGUCUAGGUUUUCAGGCAUGCCUUUGUUAACCUAUCUUGAUCUUUAUUUGAAUUCCCUUACCGAAGAAUUCCCAGAUUUCAUAUCAAAGUGCGGGAACUUAACGUUCCUUGACCUCUCUCAAAACUAUUUCUCUGGCCCAAUACCAGAACCUGUAUUUACCCAUCUAGGCAAGCUUGAAUAUCUCAAUCUCACUAAUAACCAAUUUGAGGGACCCUUGUCACCAAACAUUUCAAAGCUUUCCAAUCUCAAGCACCUCCGCAUAGCAAUUAACCCGUUUGGUGGUCAUAUUCCAGAUGAGAUUGGUUCCAUAACUGGUCUUGAAACUGUUGAACUGUAUCAAAAUUCCUUACAAGGGAAAAUAACUUCUUCAAUAGGCAACCUCAGGUCGCUAUCCUCCCUUGACCUUCACAAAAAUUUCUUGAACGCUUCAAUCCCUUCAGAGCUUGGAUUUUGUUCUAACCUCACCUUUUUGGCUCUUGCUGAUAAUGUCCUUUCUGGUCCCCUUUCCCCUGACCUGUUUACCAACUGGACUGCACUGAUCUCUUUACAACUUCAAAACAAUAGCUUCAAUGGGCAAAUUCCACCAGAAAUCGAGAAGUUGACGAACCUUCAUAUUCUUUUUCUUUACCAAAAUGACUUCUCUGGCCCAAUUCCCUCUGAGAUAGGAAACUUGAAGAACUUGAUGAGCCUAGACCUCUCAGGAAACAACCUCUCAGGUCCAAUUCCAAUUACACUGUGGAAUCUCACAAAGCUCCAGUCUAUGCAACUUUUCUCCAACAAACUUGAAGGUACAAUUCCUCUGGAGAUUGGAAAUUUGGUGGCCCUAACAAACUUUGAUGUCAACUCCAACCAAUUGUCGGGAGAAUUGCCGGAUGCUAUUUCUAGCCUCACUAACUUACAGAUUAUCUCAGUGUUCACAAAUAAUUUGUCAGGAAGAAUUCCCCGUGAUUUUGGAAAGAAUACUCCUAACUUGACAGUUGUAAGCUUUUCCAACAACACUUUCUCAGGAGUGAUUCCCAGAGAUCUUGGAAAAUUAAGUGAGUUAAUGAUUCUGGCCCUCUCUAACAAUGACUUUGUUGGGGAAAUUCCGUCGGAACUGGGAGAUCUACGCAUGUUGUCCAGACUCAAUCUUAGAAACAACCAUUUCACUGGGGAAGUCCCUAAAAGUCUAGGCAAACUUACUUCUUUAAACACUCUUGACCUAUCGGCAAACCAUCUAACAGGGAGCAUACCAGGAGAGCUUAGUUAUUGCGUACGAAUACAAAGAUUAAACCUUAGCCAUAACUUGAUAUCAGGUAAAAUACCGGUUGAGCUUAGCUACACACGAGUCCUGAAUGAAUUGGAUCUUUCUUUCAACAAUUUGAACGGUCCAGUUCCAUACGCAUUCCAAAACUUGCCAGCAACCGCCUUUGUUGAAAACUCCGGGUUGUGUGGAAAUGUUUCGGGACUUAAUCCAUGCACAGAAGAUUACUCAAGCAAGAGGUCUAGCGACAUAAGCAACGAGAUUAUUAUUGUUAUCUUUGUUCCUGCUGGCCUUAUACUAGCGCUUGCGACUGCUUCUGUUAUAGUUCUUAUACUACGACACAGAUCUAGAUUUCUCGAUGAGAAAACUAAAAGCUUUAACCAGCUUGAGUGUUCUGAGCCAACCAUAUGGGCUAAAGAAGGUAAAUUCACUCUUGGGGCAAUCAUCAAGGCCAUCGAAGACUUCAGCGACGAGAGUUGCAUCGGAAAAGGAGGAUUUGGCACCGUUUACAAGGCGGUUUUGCCUUCGGGUUUGGCCGUUGCAGUCAAACGGCUGGACAUUACAGGCUCUCUUGACAUGGUUCCAAACGUAAAUAGUCAAAGUUUCCAGAGUGAGAUUCGGACUCUUGCAGAAAUCCGCCACAGGAACAUCAUUAAACUCUACGGCUUCUGUUCUUGGAAGGGUUGCAUCUACUUGGUGUACGAAUUCGUAGAGAUAGGUAGUCUGGCGAGGGUAUUAUACGAGCUAGAGAGAAACGUAGAUCUUGGAUGGGAAACAAGGGUUAGAAUUGUGCGAGGAUUGGCACAUGCAAUUUCGUAUUUGCAUCACGCCUGUUUCCCGCCAAUCGUGCACCGUGACGUGACUUUGAACAACAUUUUGCUCGACCAAGAUUUGGAGCCACUUUUAUCUGAUUUUGGUACGGCCAGACUUUUGAGCCCAGAUUCAUCCAACUGGACCAACAUUGCUGGGUCUUAUGGCUACAUUGCUCCAGAGAUGUCGCAGACAAUGAGGGUGACAGAAAAGUGUGAUACAUACAGUUUUGGGGUGGUGGCACUAGAGAUCAUGAUGGGAAGGCACCCGGGGGAGCUGCUGCAAUCUCUAUUGGCAUCCUCAUCAAGAACAUUUUCACAGAAUGGUGAAGAUUUGCUCUUGAAGGAUGUCUUGGACCAAGGGCUUUUGUCGCCGGCAGGUGAAUUAGCAGAGGCAGUGGUGGUGGUGGUGACUUUAGCCUUUGCAUGCGCGAGUACGAAUCCAAGAGCACGACCCACCAUGCAUUUUGUGGCACAAGAACUGUCAAAACCUACCUUGCCUUACCCGUCUGAGCCAUUCGAUGUCAUAACCAUUGAUAAGCUAAUUAAACGCGGUGCAUAGAUGAAGAAUUUGCUGUAAUGGGUUUAUUUAUUUAUUUAU